UGUUGGAGCUGUGUGUUUGCCCCAGUACCAUCAAGACAUCCCUAGCGGAAGCACAUGCUGGAUUUCGGCUCAGGACACCACAAGAUUAGAAAAUGCCACAGGUGACCCUGCUGAGACACUGACGGAAGUGCCAGUGACCCUGCUCAGCACCCAGAAGUGCAACAGCUCAUGUAGGAUGGCAGGGGAGCUCAGCCCUAGAAUGCUCUGUGCCCAUUACUUGGAUGGAAACACUGAGGCCUGCAAGGCCAAGUGGGGAGGACCUCUGGUUUGUCUGCUUGAGCACGUCUGGCGUCUGGUGGGGAUUGGGAGCCAGAGGACCGGGUGCAAGGAGCCUGAACAACCUGGUGUUUAUACAGAGGUGGCAGAGUUCCUGGACUGGAUCCAUCAUGUCAUGGAAAGCUACUAGUCGCCAGUGGGUGAGCACAGAAGAGCCUCUGCAUACCCCACAUCCAGAGUCCAUUGUCCCACCUUGCAACAGGCACAGAAUCCAGAACUCAAACCAGGAAGUUUCUCCUGCCCCUUCAACAUUCCCACUUCUGAGCACAUGGGGCUGAGAACCUGUCGUUGUAGAACGUUCUGUUCCAAGGAUGAAAUCUUACGCAAUUGCUCAAUAGCACAUUCUGCUGGGUGAACAAGCACAUAUCUGCCUUGCCAAAAAAACCCAACACUUUCCUAAGCCCUCACCUGUGCUAAUAUCAUUAGCUUUUAGCUGAAAGAGGGCGCAACGAGCACACCAUCAGACAGCCACUGGAUGAAUGGGCAAAUGUGGUUCCAAGUGAGUGUAAAGAGAUGCACAUUGAGGCAAUACAGUAAAAUCACAACUUCACAUAUACACAGGUGGCCUCGGAGCUGGCAAUGAAUGACUUGGAAAGGAAUCUUAGGGGCUGUGACGGAUUGCUCAAGGAAAAUGUCAGCCCAGGGUGCAGCAUCUGCAAAAAAAAAAGUUAAUUCUGUUCUAGAGAUCAAUAGGGAAUGGACUGCAAAAAAUCUAAUGAUGUCAUUAUAUGAAUCUAUUGUGUGAACAAACUGGGAAUAUCGUGCAGUUCAUAUCACCCCAUCUCAAAAAACUGGAAAGGGGCAACCAAAAUGACCAUAUGGUACUGGCCAUAUUUCACAGUAAAGGAGACAAUGACAUUGAGGCUAGUUUUUUAUAUGCCUAUUUAAUGGCUCCCAAAAAGAAAUAAGUAUGAGAAUACAAAAUAAUUUGUAAGUAA